AUGGAUCAAACAGGAGUCGCGGCAGAAACACCAAAGAGCCCGUGGGGUUCGGUGGCCCUGGCGGCUCCGGCCUGCUCUCUGGCCGAUGUGAUGAGCGAGCAGCUGGCUAGACAGCUGGACGAGGAAAGCAACGCCUUCCCUACACUCACUGAUCCCGCUGCAGAUCUUUUGUUGUCAGAUGACGUUUCUGAUACGACCAGUGACCUGAUGCUUGCUCAGAUGCUGCAGAUGCAGUUUGACCGCGAGUUUGAUGAUCAGCUCCGCCGGGAGGAGAAGAAGUUCAACGGAGACAGCAAAGUGUCCAUCUCCUUUGAGAACUACCGUAUGGUUCAUCCGUAUGAAGACAGCGACAGCUCAGAGGACGAGGUGGACUGGCAGGAUACAAGACACGACCCAUACAGAGCAGAUAAGCCCCAGACCACACCCAGGAAAGGCUUCACUGGGAAAGGCAAGAACAUCACCACCAAACAUGACGAGGUGACCUGCGGCCGCAAGAACACUGCGCGCAUGGACAAUUUUGCUCCAGAGGUUCAUGUCGGUGAUGGGUUGGGGAUGGACCUGAAGUUGUCCAAUCAGGUGUAUAACUCUCUGAAGCAGCACUGCUACAGCGAGCAGAGACGUAGCGCCAGGCUGCACGAGAAGAAGGAGCACUCCACUGCAGAGCAAGCGGUCGACCCUCGUACUCGUCUGCUGAUGUAUAAAAUGGUGAACGCCGGCGUGUUGGAGAAAAUUAACGGCUGCAUCAGCACAGGAAAAGAGUCUGUCGUCUUCCACGCUGAUGGAGGGAGCCUGGAGGAGCAGCCGGUUCCAGAUGAGGUGGUGCUGAAGGUUUUCAAGACGACGCUCAACGAGUUCAAGAACAGGGACCGUUACAUCAAAGACGACUAUCGCUUCAAAGAACGCUUCAGCAAACUGAACCCACGGAAAGUCAUCAGGCUUUGGGCCGAGAAGGAGAUGCACAACCUGGCCAGGAUGAAGAAGGCAGAGAUUCCCUGUCCAGAGGUUGUACUGUUGAAGAAACACAUCCUGGUGUUGUCUUUCAUUGGCAAAGACCAUGUCCCUGCACCCAAACUCAAAGACGUCACGUUGGGCUCAGAGGACAUGAAGAACGCUUUCUACCAGGUCCUACAUAUGAUGCAGCUGAUGUAUCAGGAGUGUAAUCUGGUUCAUGCUGAUCUCAGUGAAUACAACAUGCUGUGGCACGAAGGGAAGGUGUGGCUGAUAGAUGUCAGUCAGUCCGUCGAGCCCACCCAUCCUCACGGCCUGGAGUUCCUCUUCAGAGACUGCAGGAACGUUGCCACGUUCUUCCAGAAGAGAGGCGUGAGCGAGGCGAUGAGUGUGUAUGAGCUUUUCAACGCUGUGACCGGCCUGAACAUCCCUAUUGGUGAAGAGGAAGAGGCCGAGUUCAUUUCUGAGAUUGUGGCGUUGGAGAAGAGGAACGAGGAUCACGUGCAGAAGAGAGGAAAGAAAACCUUCCCUGUCUCCUCUGAAGACGGCGAUCCUCCUUUAAAACCCGACGCUGAUGACUAACGCUCGCCCGGCUCGCUCUCUCUUCACGAUCCUGCCGUGUUGAAAAUGUUAAAAGGAGGAGAUGAGGGGAGGAGGCCACCUGGAGGACCCGGUGCCUCCCCCUCCAACCCUGCCACCAUCCCACUGACCCACUGAUUCACCCACCCACCGCUUCCUUAAAACAGGCAGGAUGGAGCGCCCCCUCCUGGCUGCUGGAGGAAUGAGUUUCACCGUGUUGGAUGUUGAAGUCGGAGCGUCCGGAGCUGCUGAGCUGCUCCAGCAGGGUUUUCUGAAGCUGAGACCACAUCUCAUAUCCUCCUGCUAAUACUGGCCCACGCUGACGCUGAGUCCAGUGUGUGUUUUUUGUAAGAAUCGUAGUAACAAUGGACCUCUUCUGUCCUCUUAGAGGUUUAUUUUAAAUUCUGUUUCAGGCUGAAUUUCAGGGAAAUCAAGGUGCAGUGAUGCAGAUGACAGAAAGAUAACGGAUGUUUAAAGGGGUUAAGCUAAGCGAACAUGGUUUUUGUUUUAUUACAAAUUUCACAGAACCACCAAAUGCAUAUCAGCAGUAAAUACAAUCCAGGUGCUGCUUUUUAAAGCCAAAGCUUUUAUUAAUCUGAUGUAUUGGUGCAUCUCUGCUGGACUCUGUUUAUCCUAUCAACGCUGCGUCACAUGAAAGAUGGUGGAAAAUGAAAACACUAUCUAACUCUCACUUUAUCAUUCUCUGUCUCUUUAUCCCAUUCUCAUUUUAUUUCACCCCCUCUCUCAUAUUGUCUCUUGGUUUGGUAUUCUCUAAAGUUUCUUGAUUUUGAUGUCAAUACAACAGUUGAGUUUCUGUAACACUGCUCCUUAUUGACAAAAGCCCUUUAAACCAUGUUAGCGUUUUGUCUUCAUGUUGACUAAAAGCGCCAUCGUCAGGUCAACAUUUUAUCUGCAAAUGACGCACCCAUCAGCCCUGUACUUCGUAUUUAGUGCUAAUAGCAAAUACUGAAUCUGACCAGUUAACUGAUGCCAACUUUAAAUACUCAGCCCAAACUGUCUGAUUCACCAUCUGUUGUUUUCUCAUUUUAUAUAUAACUCUUUGACGUCUCAUCUUUUCCUUCACUCUUUUAUUUUUGUCAAAGGAAACCAUAUCUAUAUGUGUCAAUAAGAUUUACAGUGAAAAGUAGAAGAUGCACCCAAAGGAAAACAUGUUGGGAAAACACACCGUAAUACUGUUUCUGUUGUUUUUGGUCUCUUUGUUUGUAGCUCUGUCUGAUUUAUGGCGGUUCAGGUGUAAAAAGUGGGAGGGGACUGUUUGUGGAAGCUGAAGCAGGGGGUAAUUAAAUGUUUGGUAACACUUUAAAAUUGAAAUAGAAGCAGGAUAAGAAACCUUAAAUGAAGUGAUGUUUGCAGUGGAAAAAAAUCAUACAAGUAGCUCUUAAUGUAAAAACCUGGUGUGGGAAACGUUGGUCUCUUACUGCAGAUUGUGUGUUUUUGAUUUUAAUAAAUCCAAGGGGAAUGUUUCUCUCAGAGCAGCCUCUUGACAUGAUGUUGGUUUUAUUGUGGAUUUAUUCUAAUGACUUGCCUCAUUGUGCAGCUCUCUGUGAAACUGUCUGCAGACCAGUGGUGACAUUAAAACAUCAAGUGUCAUUAAAAGAUGAAGAUGAAAACUGUAA